GGUAUCCAUUGACCCCUGAGCCUGACACAUCUGGGCUUUCAAUCCUCCACGACUCCUCCUCGUUCCUCCAAUCAGAGUUCGACUCAGUAGAAAGUCAACAUCGACCUGUCAAAACAAACGAGCUCUCCAGUUCCUUCAUCAUUCCAGUCCACCCAUCAGUGAAGCUGCCAUCACGACUUCCAGGCCUCCAAAAAUCCAUUGAUCAUCUCUAGACAUAGUUUUUCCACUUCGAUACGAUGGGAAUGAGCGAGAUUAACACCUGGGUUCUCAUUCGACGUUAUGACAAAUUCGAAUCGGAGCAUGCGAAUCUCCAGACUGAUCUCCAACUCUUCACCCUCACCCCCAACAUGGUCUCGGAGGAACUGAGGGCCUCCAUUUUUCGCUGGAUCGAUAGCCAGGACGAUGGGACCAAGGUGUUGAAGAUUCGGAGACAUGACAACAAUCUUGUUCCAAUGUCAACGUUGUUUAAUGGAUCUACUAGAGAGAAGCCUUUCAUAAUCGAUGUCGUGGCUCUCCAUCAAUUCUGCCCAGUGGAAGGGCGCACAAUGCUUCCAGACUACAUCGAAGCCCUUCGCUCGUCUUUCUACAAUCUCGAUCAUCGCGUGAAGCUAGUGGAGCAGGCAGUUCCAAAUCUCACGACUAGCCAGAUGAAGGCUUUCGAGGCGACAGUCUCCCACAUCUCCAACUGCGUGACUUUUCUCGAUCGUCGACUCGACGAACUCGCCCCACCAAUCUGGAGAAAUCAAGCCAAUACUGCCAUUUGAAACAUGGGAUUGUCUUCUUCAUUCUCUUCACUAUCGCUGGGCCAAGAUCAUGAAGCCAAGGACAGUUCCAAUCCUGAGAAAACUGUGUAAAUUCAUCGUAUACUCGGUCGUAUGAAAGUUCAGUAGCAGUCACUAAUUGAUUAGUUUGUAACUAAUAUGUUGGAAAUGUUGAUAGAGCGUUUGUGUUCGUCCAGUGCAACCGUGAAAUGCAAUAACAGGUAAUUCAUUUUUUUCCCAGGAGGAAAAGUAAAUAUUAAAGCACGAGGAAGUGAAGGCAAUGAAAUUCAUGGCAUGUUCGGGUCUCAUUAAAUUCAUAAAAUGUGUUCAAAUAAUUCGAUUGUUGUAAAGGCGACAAGUGAUUUAUUCAGUGGAAUGUUAUACAAAUUGAAUAAUUUCAUAUAUUAAAUUCCAACGGAUCGUCUUCACCAA